AUGGCCGACCACGAUCUCUCUCAGACGAUAAUCCCAUACCUGGACCGCCAUCUUGCGUUCCCACUUCUCGCACAUCUCUCAGAGACGAAUCUCUUCCCUCAGGAGCAGGUCCAGGCUGCACAGUAUGAGCUCGCAAAGGGCACCAACAUGGUCGACUAUGCUGUCUCUCUCUUUGAGCAGCUCAACCCAGGGGAGCCUGUACCAGAAGAGUUCUCUCAGAAACGCGACGUUGCCGUCUCUACCAACGAACGCCUCCAACAAGAAGCCCAGGCUGUUCUCGACGUGAUCGAGAACCCGGAUGUUGCUCAGGCUCUCCGCCAGGACAAGAACCAGAACUUGCAGUACCUCAAGGACAACUAUAACCUCACUCUCGAACAAAUCACCGCCCUCUACAACUUCGGCAAGUUCCAAUACACCUACGGCAACUACUCCGGCGCCGCCGACUACCUCUACCACUUCCGCGUCCUCUCCACCGACGCCGACCUCAACGCCUCCGCCGCCUGGGGCAAACUCGCUGCCGACAUCCUCACCGGCAAAUGGGACACCGCACUCGAGGAGCUCACCGCCCUCCGCGAGCUCGUCGACGCCCGCGCCGCCCAGGCCCCCUCCGCACACGCUGCUCCCUCCGCCGGCGACGCCGCGCUCGCGCAGCUGCACUCCCGCACGUGGCUCGUCCACUGGGCCCUCUUCGUGUACUUCAACCACCCCUCGGGCCGCACCCUCCUCCUCGACACCUUCCUCGUCCCCACGUACCUCAACACCAUCCAGACCGCGUGCCCCUGGGUGCUGCGAUACCUCGCCGCCGGCGCCGUGCUCGCGCGGAAAGCAGCGGCGACGGGCGGCGCCCCCGCGCGCGUGCGCCACGCGCUCAAGGAGGUCGUGCGUGUCAUUCAGACGGAGGAGUACCAGUACCAGGACCCCGUGACGGAUUUCCUCCGCGAGCUCUAUGUCAACUUUGACUUUGAGGCCGCGCAGAAGGCGUUGCUCGCUGCCGAGCGGGUCGUCGGCGAUGACUUCUUCCUCGGCGAGUUCCGUGACGAGUUCAUCGACAAUGCACGGUACCUCAUCAGUGAGGCGUACUGCCGCAUUCACCAGCGCAUCGACAUCGGCGACCUUUCCGAGCGCCUCAACCUCUCGCGCGACGAAGGCGAGAAGUGGAUCGUCAACCUCAUUCGUGAGACGCGUAUGGGCGCAGAUGCCCGGAUCGAUCUCGAAAAGAAUGUCAUCGAGAUCCACCGCGCCCCCCUGCCAGUGUACCAGACCGUCAUCGAGAAGACGCGUGGUCUCGCGUUCCGCACGCAGGCCAUGGGCGCCGCGCUGCUUCACCCUACACAGCAAGCCCAGGCGCAGGUGCAGCAGGCCCAGCAGGCUGCCGCCGCCGCCACCGUCGCCGCUGCAUCAUAG